GGCCCAAAACCCAUCACCGCUGCCUCCGCCUGGCGCGGUAAUGGCCGCGGCGAGUCCGCCUGGCGACGCAGAGAGAAGCGCAGGUGUUCGAUCAGGCACCGCAGCUUCUUUGCGGCCGAGCACACCCAGGCGCCCGACGAAGCCAUGGAGCAGCGAGGAUCGCCUCUCCUUCCGGAGCCUGCGUUUCGGGGCGGCCGCCGCCAGUUGUUUGGCGCUGCAACUGAAAGGGAGAAACGUCACGAGGAUUGAUCUUGGCAACAAUCAGCUGGGUGACAAUGCUGCAGCGGCCAUUGCCAGUCUCAUCCAUGCUUUGCCAAAGUUGAAGAGCCUGCUGUUGGCAGGAAACAUUCUUGGUCCUGCUGGCGUCAAAGAGAUUGCGACCAGCGAGCUGGAAAGCAACGAAACGUUGGAGCAUUUGGCCCUUGGGGAGCCCAAACGGCAGCGGCCCAACUACGUCACCACAGAAGGGCUCCAAGCCUUGCUGCUUUCUUUGGCGCGCAACGCUCGUCGCAAGAUAGCCUCGCUGGAGCUCUCCUGCACAGCCUUGCGAGCGGAUGCCGGGAAAGCCCUGGCCGACUUCUUAGAGACAGACUCGGUCCUGACAUCUUUGGACGUGUCCGGAAACUGCUUCACCUCGGAAGGGAUCUCCACAUUGCUCCCAGCCUGUGCCAAGUUGAAGCGCCUGGACAUAGCAGAGACCUCCUGCCGCGGAGAAUUGAUUCAUGCCAAGCUCUGCGAUCUGUUGCAGAAGACGGAGGCGCUGGCGGAGCUGUCCAUCGCCUUCAACCUGCUGGAGCCCCGGCCCCUGCGUCGCAUCGCACGGGCCCUGUCCUCCUGUGCUCCGCUUUUGACCCUCAACAUGGCCAGCACAGGGAUGGAGACUGAGGGAGUCAUUGCGCUGGCAGAUGGCUUGGUGAACUCGCAAGUGAGCAACCUGCGCGACCUGGACAUUUCCGAGAACAACAUCUCGGAGAUCGAGGCAGCGGUACACGUGGCCAAGAUCAUUGCACAGACCAAGCUGCAGAGCCUUCGCUUGAACCGAAAUCCUUUGGGCGAUGCAGGUGUUUGCGAAUUGGCGGAUGCUUUGGGAUCAGAGCCCUGUCCUCCAUUGCACAGCUUGGAGUUGGGCAGUUGCCGCGUGGCUCACCUGGGGGCAUCGAUGAUGUUCAUGGCUUUGAGGGAAAACCCAAUGCUCUUGACAUUGAGAUUGUCAGAUAAUUUGCUGGAUGAUAUGCUGGAUAUCACGCUGAUUGAGGCGUUGCACCAUAUCCAGCAGCUGCAUCUGGAUAGCAACAGGUUGUCGCAUCGGAAGCUGUCGAAGAUCGCUGAGCUAUGCGCCCGAAACCGGCACCGCGUGCGGACAAAGGAGCCGCGCGCGCUGGGCAAGCAGAUCAAGAGCCUCCUGCCACAGGAAGCCAUGCUGAAACAACACAAGCUGCAAGCGGCGAAGGAUUCAGCAGAGGUCUUCGUGCGGGUCAGCGCGCAAAGUAUCGCGGGGGAAGAGCUGCGACAGCUCCGCUUGGGGAUGAUGAAGUCAGCCAAGCAAACUGAGCAGAAGAUCGCCACUCUGGAGGCCACCCUCUUGCAACGGCGAGACUAUCUGGACAGCAUCAAGGACGCGCUGGCUGAAACCGCCCGUGCCUGUGAGAUCGAAAUUGCUGAGAAGACAGAGGUGCUGAUGCAGAAAGAGAACCAGCUUUCAGAUCUGCAGGCGCGUGUCACUGACCUGGAAGCCCAACUGGCGCGAAGACGCGCGCAACAUCCGAAGCUCUUGGCCGAAAUUCGGGAAGAGAUUAGCGCUGCGUUGCCAAAGACAGAGGAGUUGAAGGCCCAGGAAGAGGAGAUGAGACGGGAACUCAAAGCCCUCCAGGACAAAUCUCUGAUAGGCUUCAAACCUUGAGUCUGCAAGAUGGCCAAGUUUCACCGAUCUGUACAUAUCCCCUCGGGUCGCCUUCCAAGUUAGCAACUGGCUAGGGGCUAGGA